GCCUGGCGCGCUCCAGCCUGUCUCGCGGGCGGAGACAGGUGAGAGGCGGGCAGGGAUGGCGGAGCAGUGGGAUCUGGACGAGGAAGGCGUCCGCCGCCUGGGGGCGCUGACCCUGGAGCAGCCCGAACUGGUGGAGUCUCUUUCAUUGCAGGGAUCUUAUGCUGGAAAAAUUCAUUCCAUUGGUGAUGCCUUCAGAAAUUUUAAAAACCUCCGAUCCUUAGAUUUAUCAAGAAAUUUGAUCACUAGCCUGAAGGGCAUCCAGUAUUUAUGCUCACUCCAAGACCUGAAUUUAUAUUAUAACAACAUUCCUUCAUUAGUGGAGGUGUCCCGCCUACAGUCUUUACCCUUCCUCAAAGAACUAGAUUUGAGACUCAAUCCUGUUGUCAGGAAAGAUACAGAUUAUAGGCUCUUUGCUGUGUACACGCUACAAACUCUGGAGAAACUGGAUGACCGAGCAGUGCGAGCAAGUGAGAGAAAAGCUGCCAAGCUGCAUUUUAGUCAGUUGGGCAACAGUGAAAAUUUUCUUUUAGAGGUGGAAAAAAGCUCUAGGGAGAAGACAAUGAAAAACUGCAUGACAGAUGAGAGUUCUGCAUCAAAAGUCAAUGCUGAUAUUGAUAACAGAGUUGAAACUGACUCAAACAAAGGACUUUUUAUUCCCUUCCCCAACCGGGAAAUAAAGGAUUCUCUAACGAGUACUUCUGCAACCCAGGGCAAUGGUAUAGCAGAUCAGAAAUUGGACACCUACUCACUGGGGACACAGGAAGUGGCAAGAAGGGAGGUCCCAAGUGACAAUCACCAAGAAGAUGAAUUCAGACGCUACUCUCCUCAUCAGUCCACAGUCCGAUCCCCAGAGAAGAUGGCUAGAGAAGGGUACCGACUAUCUUUUUUGAACAACAAGUCUUCAGGUUCUUCUCCAGAAAAGGACUUGAUACUAAAGGCUGAUACUUACCAGCUUACCCAUGAUGUCUCAGUGGGUAAACGCCUGGAUGUGGGUGAUUCUAGCCAGAUCCAUCCCCAUCAGUUACCUUCAGAUGUUGGUCUAGAAAAUUAUGAUAGUCAUUAUUCUCAAAAUCUAUCCCUGCAUGGAAGUCUUGGCAAAAGGCCUCAGAGAAGCAAGAACUAUCGAGAAUGUAGCAUAAAACCUUCAAAUGACAUGAAGGCCACCACAUCCCAUUCCUGUGGAGACUUACUGACUUCUCUGUCAAACCCUGACUUCAGCACCGGAAGGCUUUUGAAGCUUAGUUCAGAUCUGUAUGCCACAACCCAUUUCAACAGUGACCCUGCUUUGCUGGUCAAUGUAGAGCAACAAUUAUCUACCAGUCUCGGUGAUUUAACACCAGCACAUGGUUCUUUCCCAAACAACUCCACCCUGGGAGACUCUCUACGGACACUGCUAUUGCCUACUGUGACCUCAGAAAACAGAGAGAGUUUGACCAAGGGGUCAUUUAGCCCAUCAAGGAGAGGAUUCAAACGGAAGGACAAUCUCCUUGCCACCUUGAAUCCAAAGAUUGGUUUCCAAGAUGCUACCGACAGCGAGCCUCUCUCUAGUGACCUGGGCAGUUUGCAUGGUUUGCCAGGGAAACACAGUCCCCUGAUUUCUGCCAGAACUUCCCAUGUGGCCACUGUCCUCAGACAGCUCUUGGAGCUUGUGGAUAAGCACUGGAAUGGCUCUGGCUCCCUCCUCCUUAACAAGAAGUUUCUUGGUCCUGCCCGAGAUUUACUUCUGACUUUGGUAGUGCCUGCUCCUUCCCAGCAGUGGUGUCACUCGCAUCCUGAAGACACAUCAAAAACCUUCCACAGCAGAGAGAUGGAACUGAAGGAGGCCGGGCAGGUGGUCCCUAAUGACAUGGAAAAUUUGAAGCAAAAACUGGUCAGAGUGCUAGAGGAAAACCUCAUUUUGUCAGAAAAAAUCCAGCAGUUGGAGGAAGGUGCUGCCACCUCGAUUGUGAGUGGGCACCAGCCCCACACUUAUGAUGAUCUUCUGCGCAAAAACCAACAGCUGACCAUGCAGGUGGCUUGCCUCAACCAGGAGCUUGCCCAGCUGAAAAAGCUGGAGGAGACAGUGGCCCUUCUCCAUGAAAGUCAAAGAUCCCUGGUGGUAACUAAUGAGUAUCUGCUGCAGCAGCUGAAUAAAGAGCAAAAAGGUUAUUCUGGGAAAGCACUCCUGCCUCCUGAGAAGAGUCAUCAUUUGGGGAGAUCGUCACCCUUUGGGAAAAGGACGCUGUCUUCCUCCUCACCAGUGGCACAUGACACGGUGUUCCUACCCCAAACCAUACUAUUCCUCUCCAACCCCACUCAAGGGACUCUGCCUGGGGCAGGGACAUCCCAGAACAGCCUGUGGGAUGAGGGAAUGAACCCUUGUACUGCUUUGCCACCUUAUCUGGAUCAGAAAAAAAAAGGUAUUUGAUACUGAUUAGAGUGGUCGGCGCUGUAGUCUCUUACCUUCUACCUCGUGGCUGCUCCUACUGUGCUCCUUCGAUGGACAGAAGGACGCAAGAAUGGACCGACGGACGCGGGAGACCAAGGCGGCUCCGCAGCUCUGCUCCCUGCCGGCUCCAGGGAGGGACUGCAGCCUGGGCGGUUCCGCCGUAUUAUCCCCUGUUUCUCGGUCUCCAUAGAGACGGCGAGUCCCACCCCCAGGGCUGUCUCGGCGGGAGAAUGACCAAGGUCACGCUAGCCCCACCCACCGGACCCCUCCCCCUCUGCGCUCAGCGGGGGCGGAGCUGCUGCGAUAUCAUCAUCCCCGCAGCUCGCAGGGCAGCUCCACGGCCUUCACGCCCGUUGGAGACCAGCCCUCCGCAGCUCUGGACGUCCUCGGAUGAACCCCUAACGGGAAAAGAGCCUCAUCUGGCGCUUUGCCCAAAGUUCAAGGCAGGCCCCCACCUCCAUAGGGAAGAUGAAGAUUCCCAGAGCGGCAACCGAAGGCCGUUUGGGAACAGGAGCAGGAGCCAGAGUGAAGGGGGACCGGGGGGGGGGGGGGGGGGGGGGUGGGCAGAGGGCUGGCAGAGGAGCGAGAAAGCCCUUCCUCUCAAUGGCAGUGGGUUCUAGAGCUGGCUUAAGGCCACAGCUCUCCCAAUAACGUGUGGCAUCCCCCAGGCCACAACUCAAAAGCACUGAGAGCAGGAGGGACCAAUGCACUAAUCACGAAUCCCCAAGCCCACCAACAGUAAUCCCAACAUCAGGAAGAAGUUUAAAGACUUCUGGGGUCUUCUAUUCCCACUCCACCCCGGUGUCGGCCUCACAGUCCCUGCCCCCUCUGCUGCCUCCGGAUCCCAAAGCCUGUUUUCCCUUUCAAGUAUAAACCCUAUUUUCAAGACAAGACAAAUAACCUCCUCCAGGCAGCCUUCCAAGACUUUUCACAACGGGGGCCCUGUACCUGAGCACCUUAGGUCCUCGUGUACCUCUCUAUAUGACAACUUAGGUGGCCACUCAGUGUAUGAGGGGGCUCAUCCUACCCUCUGCCCCUAGACCGACUGACAAUGGUCCAGUUCCAGGAGGGCCUAUGGCCCUUGACAUUAAGAAGUAUGCACUAAGUCCGCAAAAGCAUUAAAAAAAAAAAAAAAAGUUUAUUGGAGCAUCAUGG